UAUUAUAGUGGACGCGGACACCCCCCUCCGCACUCAAAUUGGUAUGAGCCGUAUCGCACGCUGACUGGAAACAUGUGGCUGUUUUAGCCGGCUUGUCAUGUAGAGAAAUAUAUCACAGUUUUUGGUUAAUAAAUCAGUGAUACAGCAUGUAAAACGACCGAUAAGCAAGAAUACACAGUUGUAACCUCGACAGACAGGAACUUAAAGGUCUUUUACGGGCUCUCUGGACAGACAGCUGACGCCUGCGCUGGGUUAUCUUCCAACAGUUCGAGAGAUCAUUCCCAGUGUUGUGUGAGCUGAUUGGUCGUGACCAUGAAGAGGUGUAAGAACUGUGGGGGGACGGACAUUGAUGUGGACCAGGCACGGGGCGAUGCUGUGUGCAUGGGCUGCGGUUCCGUGCUGGAGGACAACAUCAUCGUUUCCGAGGUAACCUUCGUGGAGAACAGUGGAGGAGGAUUGUCCGCCGUCGGCCAAUUUGUUGCUGGUGACUCAUCUGGAAAUGUGCCAUCAUUGGGAGGAAACUUCCAAACUGGGGUUGGGAGGGAGUCCAGAGCUGCCACUCUGCAGAACGCUAAGCGACAGAUAAACCAUCUUGGUCAUCAGCUUCAAAUGACUCGGCACUGUCUGGACACUGCCUUCAACUUUUACAAGAUGGCCCUCUCCAAACAUCUGACCAGAGGGCGCAAAUCAUCCCAUGUCAUCGCCGCUUGCCUCUACCUCGUCUGCCGAACGGAGGGAACACCUCACAUGCUGCUGGACUUGAGUGACCUCCUGCAAGUGAAUGUGUAUGUUUUGGGAAAAACCUUCCUUGUUUUAGCCAGAGAGCUGUGUAUCAGUGCGCCAGCGAUUGAUCCGUGUCUUUAUAUCCCGCGCUUUGCGCAAAUGCUGGAAUUUGGAGAGAAGAGCCAUGAGGUUUCGAUGACGGCACUGCGUCUCCUGCAGAGGAUGAAGAGAGACUGGAUGCACACGGGGCGAAGACCUUCAGGCCUCUGCGGAGCAGCACUCUUGGUUGCUGCCCGGAUGCACGAGUUCCGUCGCACAAUUAAGGAAGUGAUCAGUGUGGUGAAAGUCUGUGAAGCCACACUGAGAAAAAGUUUUUGUUUUUCUCCAUCAGAUGUGGAGGCAGAAAACGGUGAGUUAGACCUGAGCGGUAUCGACGAGGACGAGAUCGAUCGGUAUAUCCUUAAUGAGAAGGAAGUUAAGGUGAAGACUGAACUGUGGAUGCUUCAAAAUGCAGACUACCUCAAAGAACAGAAAGAAAAGGAGGAAAGAAUAGCAAAGGAAAAGGAGGAGGGUACAUAUAAAGAGCGGAAGCCUAAAAAGAAGGCACGGAGGCGUGAGCCCAUCAAUGCCAGCACUGCAGACGAAGCCAUUGAAAAGAUGUUGGAGCAGAAACGCAUCUCCACUAAAAUAAACUACGAUGUUCUGAAAGACUUGAACAAAUUCAGCCCAAAAAGUCCCACUCAACAGACUGAAGAAGUUUCCGCCGGAGCCAAAAGAACCCCCGUGGCCCCCCAACGGAAACCCCAACUGACUUCACCCAUGAUUGGCAAAACUAUCAGCAGCUUUGGCAAGAGGUUACAUCCCCUGGUGUGUGCGCAGCCCUCUAAAAAGCUGGCCCUCGAUCAGAAAGGGUUUGGUGCCCCAGUGGCCACCCCUGCUGCUCCAACCCAGAAUGCUGUUGUCAUGGAGAGUGGACCUGUGGCGUACGAAGACCCUGUAAAUGAAGAAGAGGAGGAUGAGGAGGACGAACACUGUGUCAGUGCCAUGCAGUUAAUGGGCAGCUCUGAUUACGGCUAUGAAGUAGAUGAUGAAGGUUUCUGAAUCCAGAGUGCCUGUGGGAGCACCAGUGGAGAGGACACACGAACACUUACCCUGCUGCUUAUUCUGACCCCAAAACACACAUGCAACCUCCAUUUAAUCUAGUGUUCAUGCUUAUGUUUGCAAGAUGAGAAGAAAUAUAGUGAAUUUUACACACUACAGAGGAUGGAGAUCAACAACUAAACAAGAACAAAAAUCCCAUAUUAUUGCUUUUCAAUAGGUGCGUGAUCUGAGCUCAUAUGCACUAAGUAACUUAAACACCAUUUAAACGCACACAAACAGGAGUAUGAGAGAAAAUGGAUGUGUGUGCGGUGAUUGAGAGUGAUGAUUCUCUCUCUGGAGUGUGUAAGCCUGCUAGCUAACUGCAUUACUGUGUGUUUUAGGCUAAUUAUGACAUAUGAUCUUGCACAUCUAAAGCGAUUAGCCCACACAAGGCUCAGGCCUCUGUGUGGACAAAUGUGUGCAUGUACACGUGCCUUUAAAUAUUGCAGUAUACAGGCCAGGAAUAGUAUUAUGAUGAUUUUCAGAGCCAUAAGUGUUAUUCUUUAAAUCAGAUGUAGCUUUGUGUUUAGUAUUCAGUUAGUAACAUCUGAUUAGUAACAGUGUUAAAUUUUGUUCCACUGCUUGGCUGGUUUUCUAGUGCCU